UAUAAUUCAAAGAAUCACAGAUUUUCAAUGCAAAUUGCAAACUGGGAUAAUAUAAUACUUAUAUUUCCAAAAUAAAUAUCUUUUGUUGCUAUUAGAAACUAAAAAGUAAGACUUAACGUAAAUUUAUUACAAAACAAUGUGGUUUCAGAGAUAAAGCACAUUAAGAGUGAUAUGUUUGAUCAGUAUUAAGUGUAGAAAAAGUAGCAAAGAUGGAUGUGGUCGGUAGCGAAAUUGGCCAAAAAAUGCGCUCUGCCAUUAAGGCGAAGUUGACUGAACUGGGAUGCUAUGUUGAUGAUGAACUUCCUGACUAUGUAAUGGUGAUGGUUGCUAACAAACGCACUCAGAUGCAAAUGGAGGAUGACCUACAACUAUUUCUUGCAGAUAAUACAGAACUGUUUGUGAAUUGGUUGCACCAGGUUUUAAAGAAAUUGCAGGAAGUUACAGUUGCGGCACCACUAAAAAUUGACAAACAGAAAGCAAAAGAAAGAUCUGCAUCAAAAGACAGAAAAUCAAAGGAAAAGAAAGACAAGUCAAAAAGGAGUGAUUUAUUAAAAAAAUCCAAAAAGAAAGAAAAAGAAAAGCUUCUACACAAGAAAGAAAAAAAAAUACAAAAAAAUAAGAAAGAAAAGAGAAGUAAGAGCCAUGAGCGGAUCCGCCCAAAUAUUCCACCACUGCUAAUGAAUAUGGAAAAAAAUUCCGAACCCUCAAUAACUGAUGUUUUUGCUGGUCAAAUCCUCAAAAAUCAUGGAGUUAACCUCGAUAAUUACAAAGAUGACAUUAAAAUUACGGAAACUAAAGCCUUAAUUAAAGAUGAGAGGCAGAUUCUACCAAUAAUAGAUCCCGCUUCUAUAUUGGCGACAGACUCAAAUUCGAAUGAAGUGCCGAGAGAGAGUGCGUUGAAAGAAAUGAAUGAAAUCGAAGCCAAAAUACAAGGGUUAAAGCAGAAAUUGGUGGAGCAGUUAGAUUCUAUGUCCGAUGAUGAAGACUUUUUAACAAUAAGAACUGAGGCCGAAGAGCUUAUGAAUGAUUUUGCCGAGGAUGUCUUUCAGGAAAUUAGUCAACCAACAAAAGCGGCACUCGUCGUUUCAGAAGAUAAACUGAUUCAAAAAAAUACACAAAAAUCUAUCCCGAAGGAACCGACGGACCGACCCGUCGAGAUCCCGAAAAUUCCCACGGAACGUUCGAAAGACAGUUCGGCCGUCGACGUUUUAAGGAUCCCCAAAGACCCCCCGGAGGCGUUGCCCCAAAUCGAAUUGAAUCUCCCGAAACGCCCCAUCAGGGAACGGCUCGGCUCUCGGAAUCCGGCCAAGGAUUCGAAAGUCAAGGAGACGGGCAAACGAAAAUCGUUAAGCCCCGAAAGCUUCACUCCAGAACGAGAGACGGCGGAACCGGUCAAGACCAGGAAGGCGGACGACGGAAGCGCAAAGAGGCUCACUUCCAAAGUGUGCGCGUCCGUGGGGCGGGUCCGGCCUCGGCCGCGAGCCAACGCCUCCACCUCCAACCUGCUGCUGAGGGCCGUCGCCGACGCCCACAAGAGCCUGCUCAACAUUCCCCCCAAAGUGGAGACGGAGCCGUCCAAAGUGAAGCGGGCGUUGGUGCUGCCCAUGCGCCGCUGCGUCGAUCCCGAGAAGAUCGUGAUCCGCGUGGCCGCCGACGGACGGCCCGACGAAGCGCAUAGGUUCGUGAGCAGCACGAGGGCGAAGGACGAAUACUCUCCGGUUCCCUUGAGCGAGAGGAUCUCGAACUCGGCCUACGUCCCCACUCGGAGCGGCGCCGCCUCCGCCCUCCCCUCCGCCGCCGCCUCCGCCUCCGCCGCGGAGGAUUCGCUCGUAGUCGAAGCCAUAAACAUACACAAUCCGACUGUCGACAAAGACAAAGACACGCAAUUUAUAGUUACAAUGGACGGUUACCAUCCGAACGCGUUCCUGGCCAAAAAGCUUAUGACGGAAGGUCUAUUAGAUGACGACGACGGUCAACCAGAAAAGCUAACACCGGAAACGACGAAGGAAAAAGAAAUAAACAAAAAAGAUAAAAGUGAACCUGUGAAGGCGUCGGAUGCCCUAAAAACGGACGUCGAAACGGCACAAGUCGACGACAAAGUGAACGAAAAGAAACCCGAAGUCGACGAGGAGCCGAAAGAGAAGGAAGGGCCCGUCUCGUCAGCCGUCAGUCAAAAGAAACGGCUGAGCGACACGAGCGAAGAUAGCGGCACUCAAGUUAUUAUAAAACAGGAAAACGAAAAGGCAGAAAAGAGAAAGAGUGACGUAGAACCGAAUGCGUCUCUACCGCAUUCGGGCGGAGCUGCGGUCAAAAAGAGAAGGGCGUCGCCGAUAGUCUUCGACGUCGACAAGAAAGAGAGAGACAGAGACGCGCGACGAGAGAGGACGGUGAGCGCGAGCAGUGACGGUCAGUCCGUCUCGCUGAUCACCGUCUCCGACUCGCACAAAUACGAUGCGGUGCCACCGCUGUCGCAGGCCGUGCGAGGCUCGUGGUGCCGAGCCUUCCCCUCGUGCCGCUUCGGGCCUUCGUGCGCCUUCGUGCACCCUCGCUGCAAGUUCGCCGCCUCUUGCACGCGCCGAGGCUGCGUCUACGCGCACGACGCGCCCUCCGUCGCCUCCCACGUGGUCCCCGCCGCGAACUUCAAAUCCGUUUCGAGUUCGAUUCCCAACCUGUGCAAGUUUUAUCCGAGCUGCGCGAACCCUUCGUGCCACUUCUACCAUCCGAAGCCCUGUCGCUUCGGGAAGGCCUGCGCGAACAAGCUCGAGUGCAAUUUCUACCACACGGACGUUCCGGGAAAGAUGUAUUCUCUUUGAAACAUAUUAUAUCAUUAAUUAUAUAUAUUAGGAGUC